GAGUUUGACACGUUUUACAAUAAACAAUGCUGAUUAUCAGCCUCAAAUCCAUCAUUAUUUUACUAAAUUCUGUGUUYUGGGUGAUUUUUCUAAUACUUGUGUGUUUAUUUGGGCUCUUCAGAAACAAAAGAGAAACAUCGGUUCUCAUGUUUCUUUCAAGUUCACGUCUUGGCUCUUGUCCCAUCUUUGUUUCCGGUGUAAGUCGACACCAGAAACGUGCAGGCGUGUUCAGCUCAGUUUGUUUGAGCUGCUGUGAGAUUCACGUGUCGCUGAUCUGAGGUGGAUGAACAUCUGGCUGUGAGUCAUGUGUGCCUGUGGAGGUGAGGAGAAACCACCGCACGGGCAUCUUUGGAAAAACAAAAAACCCUACAGGUAAAAUCUGGGUCCAUCAAAAGGCAGAGGAGAAGAAUGGAAAGUGAAAUCGGAAAGAUGCCUCCAGUUCUCAACAGUCCUCUGAGUCCAGGGAAGCGGUCCAGGUUGAAGCUGAACUGUCCUCUAUCUCCAAAGGACAGACACUGUGGACCAAAGCUCAGCAGUCCUCAGGAGUUUAACCAGUGGUUACCCUACCGCCAYGCUGCCAGCCUGCUGGCCAUGAAGGAGGACCUGGCUCUGUGGCUCAGCAAAAUAAUGGGCGUGAACCUCUCAGCAGGCAGUCUAAUAGAAAAGUUGGAUAACGGUGUUCUCCUCUGUCAGCUGGCCCAUCUGCUCCAAGAGAAGAUGGUUCCUGUCGACAAUAGCAAGCCGUUUGUCAGAAGAGUGAUCCACUGGCGAGCUGAUGCAACUUCUGGGUCGUUUUUCGCUCGAGAUAAUGCCGCCAAUUUCCUCUACUGGUGUCGAAAGAUUGGCGUUGAUGAGGCUUACCUUUUUGAGUCUGAAGAUCUGGUCCUUCACAAGCGGCCUCGGGAGGUGUGCCUGUGCCUGGUGGAACUGGGGUGGAUUUCAGCCAGGUAUGGAGUGGAGCCACCAGGGCUGGUGAAGUUGGAAAGAGAGAUAGAAAAAGAGGAAACAGGGUGUUCAUCUCCAUCAUCUCCACUCUCCUUUUUCCCUCCAGCAUCACUGCAUUCACCAUCACAAUCACCCCUACCCCCAGACCCCUCCUCCCCUCCUCCUCCUUCGUGUCUCACCUCCACAACAACCCAUCUGCCUGAGCCUCUCGCUGCCUCCCUCGCCUCUGAUCUUCCAUCAGCAAACCCGGCGCCCACAUCCUCGUCCCCCUCGGUCUCUAACCUUUGUACGACAGCCUCCUCACAGACCCCUUUGUUCUCUCCCUCCUGCGCUGCUGCUGCUGCUGCCAACACACCUGCUGCAGUUCUGCCAUCGGACCAAACUCUGCUGUCCAUGGUUCACGUCUGCCCCGGUGCAACAAAGCAACACACACCUCUCCUCAYUUCCCAGCCCGCAACACAUAGUCCUCGUUCAUCCAACAGAUCUAAAAGCCAGAGGAGCACAGGCACCAGCGCUUUAGACGAUAUAGUGAAAAACAUUACUGAAAAUCCCCCCUGCAGCUGUCCCGCCAAGUUUCCUGUUGAGAAGCAACCCAAAAGCUGCUACCGUGUCGGAGAUAAAGUUCUCUACAUUCGGAUGCUGAACGAGCAUCACGUGAUGGUUCGAGUUGGCGGAGGGUGGGAGACCUUCACAGGUUACCUGCAGAAACAUGACCCCUGCAGAGGAGGAGGAGGAGGAGGGGUGACUCCCGGCAGAUCUGGGGUCAGGUGUGGAGACAAAGUGAAGACCCCCGGCCUGAACAUUCCUUCAGACAGUUACCUGGUGGUCGGAGUCCAUCAUCGUGGCAAGAAGUAGACUCUACAAAAAUGUUUAAACUCUUACCUCAAUUUUUUUGGAGAAAAACAACCGAGAAUUUAAUAGAACUGCUUAAUUUUUUAUAUCCAGAUUUUURGUUGUUUCUUUAAUAUUAUCACCAAAUACAAUUUAAAGUGUUUUAUGUAUUGCUGUAUUAUAAGGCCAUUGUUAAAUGACACAUUCUGAUUCGUCCUGUUGUUUUGCAUUUAUURAAGAUCUUUGUUUUUUGUCCUGCAGUUUGCAUUGAAUUUGUAAGUUUUUGUUUAUACUGACAGCAGUAAGAAAAAWUAAAGAUGUGUUGAUCUGUUUGUUUAAUGUACAAUUAAGAAUAUCAACUUUUUUCCUUAAAAUACGAUAUGUUCUAAUAUUUUUUGUUUGUUUUUGAUUAAAAUUUCUAUAAAUGUGGA